AUGGAAGAGGACUACCAGAAACACGAAGCCUUCCGACCAGAAACGUAUUUGGGUUCGCUCGGUAAGGAAACAAAAACCUGCUGGGUCUAUGAGAACGGGGGAUUGGUCCAACGACUCGUCACGUACGUCCCCUGCCUGUACAACAUAUUUCAAGAAAUCCUCCUCAAUGUCUCCGACCACAAGCAGCGUGACCCGACGAUGGACUCAGUGAAGGUGGAGAUUGACGUGGAACAGGGCUGUAUCAGUGUGUGGAAUAAUGGUUCUGGUCUCCCAGUGGAGAUGCAUCGGGGCAUGGAUGUGUACGUGCCCGAACUGUUGUUUGGGCAAUUCUUCCAGACCACUACAAUCGACAGUGAUAGGGGCGGCAAGGCUACCGUUGGCCGGAAUGGCUUUGGCGCAAAGAUUGUGAAUAGCUUCUCCACUAAGUUUGUAGUUGAGACUGCCGAUGGCAAGCGUCGGAAGAGAUACAAGCAGGUUUUCAUAAACAACAUGGAAAUGAAACUUUCGCCUGUAAUAAGUGAUUGCACCGAUGAUGAAAACUGGACUAGGGUUUCAUUUAAGCCCGACUUGAAAAAGUUUGAUAUGAUCCAUCUUGAAGAUGAUAUUGUUGCCAUGAUGAGAAAGAGGGUGAUCGAAUUAGCAGCAUACCUCGGAGAGACUGUGAAUGUUGAAUUAAAUGGGGAACAGGUUCUUAUAAAAUCAUUUUUUGAUUAUGUCGAAUUGUAUAUGCAAUAUUCCUCCAAGGACAUACUCGAUCCCAUUCCCAGGAUUACACAAAAGAUCAAUGAGAGGUGUGAGAUUUGCGUGAGUUCAAGUGACGGGCACUUUCAGCAGGUUAGCUUUGUAAAUGGAUGUGCCACGAGCGUAGGUGGGACUCAUGUAAAUUACAUCACUGAACAAAUCAAAGAUUACCUUACAAAUGUAAAUGGGGAGAAUGAGACUGAGGAGAAUGAGAAUACCAAACUCGAUGCUAAAGAUCUGUCAAAUUUAUGGGUGUUCCUUAAUGUUGUUAUUGACAAUCCUCAGUUUGGGACACUUGAAAAAGAAAACUUAGUCGUUUCCCAAAAUCGUUUUUGUUCCGAAUUAGAACUCUCACAAGAGUUCUUACAAAAAGUUGCCAAGGUUAAGCAAGAGACCGAAGAGAGACUGUUGGGGAAAAAAUUGAAGAACAUUACAAUAAGUGACAUAACAGAGGGGAGGGGAAAUAAAAUCUACGGCAUUUCCAAUCUAAAUGACGCUUACUAUGCAGGAGGGAUAGACUAUCAGAAAUGUACACUGAUUUUGACUGAGGGAGCCUCAGCAAUGGCUCUUGCGGAGGUUGGAAUUUCCGUAGUUGGAAACGACUAUUAUGGGGUACUUUCAUUGAAGGGCAAAUUAUUAAAUGUGCAAGGAGAAAAAAUUGACUUGUGUUUCCAGGAUCAUGAUGGUUCUCAUCUCAAAGGCCUAAUUAUUAAUCUUUUUAAUGAACAUUGGCCAUCACUCCUUCAAAUUCCAUCUUUCUUAGUAGAGUUGGUUAUACCGAUCGUGAAGGCCACUAAUACAAAUGGGACAUUAUCAUUUUAUUCCAUACCCGAAUAUGAAUCAUGGACGAAGAGUUUGGGGGGUAAUUUAAGUAAUUGGUUCAUCAAGCAUUAUAAGGGACCGGGAGCACAUACAGCGGAGGAAGGAAGGAACUACUUUAAAGAUAUUGGUAAACUGACUAAAGAAUUUGUUUGGGACAGUGACGAUAAGGGAAAAGCUAUUCGAUUUUUUUUCGAUGAAAAAAAAACAAAGGAAAGGAGGGACUGGAUAAGACUUUCUAAGGUUGGACUUCAUACUAGUGAAUACAUUAAUCCAGAGCAAAAGUUGAUUGGAUAUAGGGAAUUUGUUAACAAGGAGCUUAUACAUUUUUCCAGAGCAGUUCUUCAUAGGUCGAUUGCUUCCGUGGUUGACGGCCUAAAGCCUACUCAGAGAAAAAUACUUUUCUCUUCUUUCAAGUAUAACUUUAACCGCGAAGUAAAAGUUGAAGCGUUCGCAAGUUUUGCAUGUAGGGAAACGGCUUAUCAUCACACUGAGAGUGUUCUUGCCGAUACCAUUGUUCGCAUGGCACGAGAUUUUGUAGGCACCAAUAAUAUUAGUCUUUUCCAACCAAUCGGGCAAUUUGGAAGUCGAUUGAACGGAGGCACAGAUGAUAAAGUUCGUACUAGGUAUCUAUACACUCGGCUGUCUCCUAUCACACGUAGCAUCUUCCCGGAACAUGAUGAUAAUUUGCUCACUUACCUAAAGGAAGAUGGGAUGUCAGUAGAACCUAAUUGGUACAUACCAAUUAUACCUAUGAUUCUGGCUAAUGGAAGUGUAGGAAUUGGAAGUGGAUGGAGUUCGAAUAUCCCCAAUUUCAAUCCGAGAGAGAUUGUUUCCAAUUUGAGGCAUUUACUGCGAGGAGAGCCAAUAGAUCCAAUGAAACCCUGGUAUAAAGGGUUCAAGGGAGACAUAGAUAUAAAGACAACAAGAAAAGGGAAACUCAGCUACAUUGCAAGAGGAAAGAUAAAAGAAGUAAAUGAAACUACAGUUCGGAUUGAGGAGUUACCAAUCCAAAAAUGGACCGAAAAGUAUAAAAAAUUUCUGGAAUCAAACAUGACAGGGAAUGCUAAAAGCGAAAAUCCAUUCAUAGAGGGUUUCAGAGAUCACAACAGUGACACAAAUGUGGAUUUUGAAGUUUCCUUAACCAAGGAGAAUUUGGACGAGGCCAGGAAAGAGGGUUUGCUGAAGAAAUUUGAUCUUACUUAUCCAAUCAACCUAGGGAACAUGAACCUUUUUGACUCAGAAGGCAUGCUAAAGAAAUAUGAAAGCCCUGAACAAAUUCUUAAGGAGUUCUUUCCUAUAAGACUUGAAUUCUACAAGAAAAGGAAGAUGUUUAUGCAGAAAAAUCUUGAACGGAAAUUGUUGAUAGUGAAGAACCAAAUUAGGUUGUGGAAUAAUUAUACUGCGAUCGUGCAGCCAACAGAAGGGAGUCAGGUAUUGCGAAUGCGAGAGCUGGGCCUUCAAACUUUUGGGGAGAUAACAGAAACUCCGGAAGCAGAUCUAGAAAGUGGUUAUGCAUACCUGGCUAUGCCAGCGGAAUUCUUCGCACCCGAAGGGUUACAGAAAAUACAAGAUUCUGAGGCUAAACUUCAGAAAGAGCUUGAUGAUAUUAAUGAAGAAAGUCCUGAGUUUACGUGGUUAAAAGAACUCAACCAAUUUGAGGAAGCCCUUGACCAAUAUGAGAGAGACACAGCAGAAUCCAGCCAAGGAAAGAGAGACCGAGAUGACAGUGACAAAGAUCGAGAUGAUAGUGACAAAGAUGAGGGUGGUAGCCCAAAGCGUCUGAGACAAGAGUGA